AUGCCGGCGAGAUUGUGGCGUAUCUGCCCUACGACGGCCUUAAUCCCACAGGAUUCGCUUGCAUGCUUUUUCCAAACAACGCGUCUUAUAAAGGAACUUUCACCAGCGCCAACGACACCCAUGUUUACGUUUGCUAGCAUCAUCUUUGAGCACUACUGGCAAAUUUGA